AUGGGUAGGAUGUAUCAAAAUAUCUUUAGUGGUUGGUGCUUGUGCACUAACUCUUCUCAUCAUCCUGGUGGGAGAGUUAUUGUGGCUUGGAAAGAUGAUUCUUUCAAUUUGGAUAUAUGUUAUAUAUCUUCUCAAAUGAUACAUUGUAAAGUACAGGCAAUCAGUAAUAAAAAGGAGUUUUACUGUACUUUUGUCUAUGCUUUUAACUCAGCAGAAUCGAGGGAGGAGCUAUGGAAUGAUUUGGAGAUGAUUGCAGGGAACAUGAAGAAGGCUUGGGUGAUUUUAGGAGAUUUCAACUGUGUGCUAGAAAGGGAGGAGAAAAUAGGGGGUCCUAUAAGAGAUCAUGAUAUGAACCCUUUUAGAAGAUGUGUGACAAAAUGUGAGCUGGAGGAUAUGAAGUAUUCAGGUUGCUAUUAUAAAUGGAAUAAUAAGCAAACUGAUGGUAGCAAGGUGUUUUGCAAAUUGGAUAGAGUGCUUUGUAAUGUGAGAUGGUGUGAAGAAUUUCCUACAACUGAGACUAGAUUCAUGCCUGAAGGCCUCUUUGACCAUUCUCCUAUGCUGUUGCAGAUUCACCAAGUGAAAAGAAAGGGUGCAAGUCCUUUUAGAUUUUAUAAAAUGUGGUGUGAAGCUCCUGAAUUCCUGAGAAGAGUUAGAGAAGCUUGGAGCAGUCCAGUGAAUGGAACUCCUAUGUUCUGUGUGAUGCAGAGAUUAAAAAGAGUUAAAGCUGAGAUGCAAGAAUUGGAUAAAGUGGGAUUCAAAGACAUACAAAUUGCUGAUUGCAAAACCUAUGAAUACUUACUGGAGUGUCAGAAACAGCUCCAGCAAAGGCAAGAUGGUGAAAUAUGUGCAAAAGAAAAAGAGGCAGCAAAUGAGUAUAGAAAAGUCCAUGCUCAUUACAUAUCCUUUCUGCAACAAAAGUCAAAAUAUGAAUGGAUAAAGAUGGGUGAUGAGAAUACUUCUUUGUUUCAUAGAGCAAUAAGGAAGAGAAGGACUCAGAAUGCAAUUUAUGGCAUUCAUGACAUUAAUGGUACCUGGGUGGAAGGUGAAAAGGUUGCUGAAGCCUUUAUUGAAUAUUACAAAGGAUUACUAGGGACAGCAAAAGAGGGAUCUAGUAUGACAUGUGCAGAAAUUAUUGCUCAGGGGCCUUGUUUGAACUUAGAACAACAAGAAGACCUCAUGAGAGAGAUCACUGAUGAUGAGAUCCAGCAAGCUCUUUUUUCAAUCCCAGUUGAUAAGUCACCUGGUCCAGAUGGCUUUGGUACAACAUUCUACAAAGCUUCAUGGGAAAUCAUAGGUAAUGAUAUCAUUACUGCUGUUAAAGAUUUUUUUAUUCAUAGGAAGAUGUUGAAAGAUAUGAAUAAUACUCUGAUAACUUUGGUGCCUAAGUCUAAAUGCCCAAGUAAUGUAUCUGAUUAUAGACCAAUUGCAUGCUGCAAUGUGGUCUAUAAAUGCAUUACUAAAGUGAUAUGUAAUAGAAUGAGGAAGAUUCUACCUGAUAUAAUAGCAGAAAAUCAAGGUGCCUUCAUACAAGGUAGAUUCAUUGGCCAUAAUAUAAUGGUUUGUCAAGACAUUGUGCAUGGUUAUGGAAGGAAAAACUCUAAGCCUGGUUGUAUCAUCAAAAUGGACAUGUGGAAGGCAUAUGACUCUAUUGAUUGA